AAUACUAUUUAACACACCCGUGGUGCCGAUUUCUUGCACUCUUUCUUUCCAGGCAACCAAAAUCACCGAAGCCGAAUUUUUCCCUUUCGCCGAGAAGAUCUUGGACUCCGCAUUUCAGACGCCGUUCUCAGUAAUAUGUCGACAAGAAAACAGAAAUAUAGUGGGUAUUGCACUGAAUUCCGUUCGCCGACGUGAUGACAUUGCAGUUGAGAAUCCUUUUGGAAAGUCUGAACGUCGUCCUGAGAUCGAUGCCAUUGCUUCAAUAUGUGAAGUUAUACACAGCAACGUAUGGGAAUUACUCGACGCAAAAAUAAAUACUGUGCUUGAAUUAGAUAUUCUCAGCGUCGCGUCUUCAUUUCAACGACGGGGUAUCGCCAGUGAAAUGCUGGAUAAACGAAAAUCCAUGGAGCUUCUGCAGGUCGUGUAA